AUGAAAGUUUACAGUUAUUAAAGGAAUGAAUGUAAUACUUCUUUGAAAAAUGACAACGAUGAAGAGAAAACGGUUUUAUUAAAAGAAUACGAAGUUAAACUUCAUAGCAUAGCUUUUGAAAUGGAUAAAUUAACUUCUAAGCUUAAGGAAAAGAAUUUGUAGCUUGAAGAUUAAAGAUAAUUUUUUAAUGAUAACUACUUUUUUUCAUCUAAGUUUGACUAACAUAUGGAAAAUAUGAAGAGUUCUUUUUAGCAAUAUAACUCUGAGUUUGAAUCACCAUAAAAAAAUAAAGAUACUUAAAUGCAUUAAAAGGAGGGAUCUAAUUGGGAGUUAAAAGAAAAGAAUUAGUUAGAAAAAGAGAACUGCGAACUGAAAUAGAUCUAAUUAAAAUACGAACAUGAGAUUUAAGAGCUAAAAAAAUAUAUCUAAAAUUUACAAUAUAAUUUUAACAUGUAUUAAAAUGAGAUUAACGCUUAGAAAUAUUAGAUGCAGAAAUAAAUUUAGAUAGUUGAAUAAGAUCAAAAAUGUCUAAAUUAAGUCAUGGCCUUAGCAAAUGAGUUAUAAAAAAUGAUUAAAAUAGUGCAAUCAAAAAAUGAAGAGAUCAAAGACAUAAAAAGUAAAAAUGAAUAACUUGAAAAAAGAGUUUAAUAGCAAGAAAAGGAAAAAUAAGCUUUAGAGGCAAUCAUUUCAAUAUAAGCUGGAUAGAUUGAGUCGAAAAAUAAACCAGAAAGUGGUAGAAAGGGAGACUAGACUCCAAAAUAAUUCAAAGAAGAGAUAAAUAAUUUGUUAGCAAAUUCCUAAGAUAAGAGCUAUAAAAUUACUAUUUAAGAUUUCGAUAUUAAAAGCAAUAAUAAUUUAUAUUCUAAUUAAGAUAUAUAGCCGUUAGGAUUAAAUAAAAUAGAGUCAUAGUAGAAAUAAGUCAACCAUUUCUAUUUGGUAACUCCAAGAAGCAAUAUAAGUUAAAAUAUUAGUGAAUUUACAGGUAAGAGUACAAAUAAGGGUGAAGAAUUCUAAAAAUAAGAUUUUACAAGAGCCUCUUAGCAUUUUCUAAAUAAUCAAAGAUAAGAUUUGACUCCAAAUUCUAGAUUUGAUAAAUAAACAAAUUCAAGAUUGGACUUGACUUCUAAUAGCCUAUCACCGAUUGGAAAAACUUAACCUAAAAUUGUAAAUUUAUCUCAAAAAUAAUUAAAUUUUAAAUAAUGA